AUGGCUCCUCCACCUUUUCCCAAUCUGAAGCCGAAAUCCAAUCUAACUUUGAACGCAAUAUUGCCAUCCCAGAUAUACACCGUAGAUGAUUUUUUGAGUGCAACUGAGAUAAAAGCGAUCAGGACCUGGAUAGAGGGAGUAGUGAUGGAAGAGCCUAAACCACCUGGAAAAGGAGAAGCUGAAAGGACUGCUCGUCGCGGAUCCAUCAAUUCUCCCGAUAUAGCUUCUAUCGUCCUACGAAUGUUAUUACCUUACAUUCCACUAUUAUCACCCUUGUAUAAAUCUUCUUCACCUGCAUUAUCACCCAACAUAAGGAUAUACCAUUAUCCUCGGCAAACAUACUUCAGAUGUCACUAUGAUUCACCGACUCUAGAUCCUACUUCUAAACGAUUAAGUUGCUGGACUAUAUUGAUCUAUUUAUCAGAUUGCACAGGUGGGGGAACAACUUUUCAUUUAUCAACUCAUGAUACGGGAUCUGCCAAUAAAAAGAAGAAUAAACCAAAUGCAAUUACUAAGAAGGCCGAUAAUGCGGAAGGAGAGAAAGUAACCGUAGAACCCAAAGCAGGUAGAUUACUUUUACAUUGGCAUGGGAUGAGUGGUGGUGGUUGUUUGAAACAUGAAGGCAAAGAGGUAGAACAAGGCGAUAAAUGGGUCUUUAGAACGGAUAUCUUAGCAUAG